GUUUUUCGCAAAAUGUCACUGCUGUUCGCCACAUAUCAAAAACUCCACGUUAGGUGUUGAAAUCACGCAAAUGUUCUCCUCCAAAGGCUCCAAUACAGUGAUUUAUUGGCGGAGGCUUCACGUGAAGAGCGGAUUGCAGUACGGAUACCUCAGAGCAACUUGGUGGUUUUCGGAUCGCUCUAGGGGAUUUGAAUGAAACGUUCGGGUGACGAUGGUCAAAUUACUGUCAAUGCUCAGUCUUUGCCUGGUAGUGGCACUGAUCCAUGUCGGAGAGUUGCAAGCACCGACGCCAGCACCGCUACCAGCGCCAAUUCAGCGUGCCCAGGCAGCGCUAGAAGGUUUGAUGAAGUACUACCUGCAGGCUGAGCGGAAUGGCAAACCAGCGGCACGUCCCAAGAAGUGUCCGUGUUUUACGUGUGACAAAAAGAAUUGCACUCCACCAGAAUGUCUAUACUGCAAAGAGGGAGGUUGCCCGACUGCUUCCAGUACUGGGUGCUACACGAAAGCAGAAUAUGAGUGUGUGUGCAACGAUCCGCCUGGACCGUUGCCUCCCGGUGUGAAUACUGCAGCUUCGUUCUAUUUCUCUUGCGGGCAGAUGGGUGGCUUCGCCCCGUACGGAGAGAGUGCUAGCGUGUACACGUGUGGUUGUGAAUCCGACUGGCUCUACUCCUGUACGAACUGUUAUCGCUGGUGGUCGGCUUCGGCAUUGGAGGCCUCCAUCAACUACUGCAUGGCUACGGGCCAAUCACCUAACAGCACGGGUAUUUGCGGAAAGGUUCACCAAACAGCCGAGUCCAUGUGGAUCCAUUCGCCAUACAAUGCCCACUGGGAUGCGAGGAUCAAGCAGGUAUUCGUCGACGACUUCUCCUGGUAUGCCCUGGCCUACCUGCGGGUUUAUGAUUGGACGGGACAGGACGUGUGGAGGAACCGAUCCAUGCAGCUACAUGACUGGGCUUUCAAAUGGGGAUGGGAUCAUGCAAUGCGUGCUGACAUCAACCAGUCUUGUGGGGGAUUUUGGUGGAACAUGGAAGACCCGUUACACUUUAAGGACAGUAUUUCAAUAGUUGAGAUGCUCCACGUGGCUGGCAAGCUAGCAGCCGUAGCGAAGACUCCAGCCGAGCACAGCAGAUUUAUUGCCACCGCAGAGGAGAUCUGGAAUUGGCUGUUUGCAUUCGACAAUGGCCGUGGAUUGUUGGCGGAGAACGGUAUAAUGAGUACCGGAGCUGUUCCCCAGUAUUGUUGCCAUGCGUUGUCAGCGUCUAGAGAGAAGAAUAUAACAUAUCCGCGUGUUGAAUGUGCUAAUAGUCGAGUAGCAGGUAUGUCUUACAACCAUGGUAUACUCAUGAGCAGCGCUGCACUACUAUACAACAUUACAGCUGAUAAGAACUAUCUACAAACAGCUAUCAGUCUACUAGAGUCUGCUCUGGUGAAUCUCACGGACGUCACAGGAGCUAUGUUAGAUAUACAGAGAGGGUCUCGUGCGGCCGCAUACGGUUGUGGAGAAGGCGAUCCAGGCAGUGACUUCUUCAGCUUCAAGGGCAUAUUCGUGAUGCAUCUUGGAUACUUUUUCCACAUACUCCAAGAGUCGAAUGCACUUACUCCUGACGUUGCCUCCAGUAUACACACAUUUCUGCAGCUGAACAGCAACAAUGUGUGGACGAAGGCGUUGGUAAAACCACCAUUCACCAAGGCAACAGAUUACUGUGCACUGUAUGAAAGUGGUAAAGCUGCGAAGAAUCAAACAUUUCCAAAGUUUCACUGGUGGUGGACCCAUUCCAACGGCUCUGUCCAGACUCCGCCAGACACAAGGCUAUGGUUCACAAACAGUGCACUUGGUUGUAACUAUGUGUACCACAACUCAACAAACAGCACUAACACAACAAAUCCUCAGUGGGAUGCAUACAUCUGGGUGGGAUUCAUGAGUUCGCCGGACCUCUGCCGCGAUCUCUGCGCCAACCGCAGUGACUGCACGAAAUACGUGUAUCAUAACGGACAGGAAGCAACAUGUGACUGUUUUACCUGUGAGGGUAAGCCUUGCCACGCGCCACGCUGUGAAUACUGUGCUAGGAAGAGUAAGAAGGCAUGUCCUCACAAGACCUCCAAAGGGUGUUACACAACUUCAACGGCAGCGUGCACUUGCACUGGUCCUGGGCCGAAGGUCACGGGCAACUGCUUUCUCUACCGCCUCACCACUGUCGGUAAUCGCACAGCCAUGGCAGCAUGCACAAAGACAGAUGAUGGUACGAUGUAUACGAUGGGAAUCAAACGACCACCGGAGCCCAGUCUUAUCAGCAUUCGGAAUCUGGCAAGCAGCUGUCGCGGGCGAUGCGGCAACACAAGUUCCACGGUCAGAAACGGCACCCACCUAUUGAACAUAUCGUGUCAGUGUGAUGCAGCGUGUUCACGACAUCUAGACUGCUGUCUGGAUUACGUAGAGGAGUGCUUACCGCCGGAAAAGCAAGACGCUACAUGCCGUGGAAUGUGCCGAGGAACGAAGCGACCAGCUGGUGCCCUGGACAAUGAGGCUAUCCCAGUGCGGGGUGGUGGGUACUGCUACUGUUACUACGCAUGUUUGAACUGGUACACGGACAACAACAGUCUUGGCAGCUGCUGUGCUGACUAUUUCGAACAGUGUACCCAGGGCCUGCGAGAUCCCGUCUGUCUGGAUCCGCGUACUCAAACCCAGGCAUUGCAAGUAUUUGUGUCACAUCACGUCGUGCAGAACAUUACGAAAUCACUCUAGCACUACCGCGUAUUGGUAUGGGCUGUGAGACUUGACCAUGGGCGCUCAUGCUUAUAGAGACUUCAUGAACUGACUUUAUUGGUACACGUCUUUUGACCGUCGCGAUGUUAAUUCCAGACUAGAAUUGUUGCUGCUGCAAUUGGUGCUUGGACCGUCAGUGUAUUACACGCUGCCUUGAGCUGUCUUAGUAUGUUGGUGGUGUAUUAUCAGACUGAUGUUGCUACUGCUGCUGCUACUUGGUGCAGGCUCAGUUCGCUGCAAGUUGCAUGUGUUCUCAAAAAGUAUUGAACAUCACCAGGAGAUACUCCACAAUUAUGUGUAGCCCUGAUUGGAGAUCAGCCAGAAUACGAAGACACUGCAUGCUUCAGUGGCUUUGUUGCUGCGUACUGCAGCAUAAUUAAUGUUUUGUUGUCAGCUUCGCAGCUUUGCACACUCUAGUAUGUGCUCAUGGAACCUACGCUCUAGGAGGAGUUUACACUGAUAUUCAAACUUAAAAGCUUUUUGUAUCAAUUUUGGCCUCCCUCCCCUCCUUCCACAAUGAAAGAAAUCCGAGAUAGUAUCACAUUGUAUUUUUGUCUCAUGUAUAACUGCAAUACUCCAGCUCUAGCCUAGUCUAGGCCGAUUCACUAUUGCUCAGCCCUCCCACUACCCCAGUCUACUUUUCGUGGCAAAAGGAAGGAAACAUGUUAUAUAAUUUGUCUCUGGAAGGUUGUUUCUUUCACCAACGAACAGGUGAUACCUUUUUCUUGUCUUUCUUCUACAAAUAUACACUAUCUGCAAAUCUCUAUCA